AUGCUGUCUUCUAAUUUAGUUAGAGGUGCGAUAUGGAAUUCGACUUUAAGAAGCUCCAUCGUUGCCAAAAGGUCAUUAACCAUCUCAACUAAAUUAUUACAGGUUCAUCCCAUCCCUCCACCUCCACCUCCAUCUGCUUUCUCCUCUUCUGUUAAAGACUCACCCCCUGUGAUUAAACAAACUUUAAUGAACCGUUUCGGUAAAUUAACCUUAAAGGUAUCAUUAUACGGUAUCCUUGCCGCCACAUUAUUCACAGGUUAUUCUUUAUACAGCGAAACCCUCCCAACAAGAAAUCAACUACCACAAUCAGCAACUUUCUCAGAUGGAUCUCCUCGUAAAACAAUCGUCAUACUGGGAUCUGGUUGGGGUUCCAUCUCCUUAUUGAAAAAUCUAGAUACAACCAAGUACAACGUCAUCGUCGUUUCUCCACGUAAUUAUUUCCUUUUCACUCCAUUAUUACCUUCCACUCCAAUGAGAACCAUUGAAUUGAAAUCAAUCAUUGAACCAGUAAGAUCCAUUACUAGAAGAUCUAAAGGUGAAGUCACUUAUUAUGAAGCAAAAGCAACUAGUAUAAACCCACGUGAUAAAUCUGUUAAGAUUGAAUCCAGUUCUCAAAAGGGUACUGAUAAAUUUGAAGUAGAUUUGAAAUAUGAUUAUCUUGUGGUAAGUGUUGGUGCUAAAUCUACAACUUUCAAUAUCCCCGGUGUCAUUGAACACGCUAAUUUUUUGAAAGAAAUUGAAGAUUCAGAGAAGAUUAGAUUGAAAAUCAUUAAUAAUAUUGAAAUGGCUUCAUUUUUAUUACCUGAUGAUCCUGAAAGGAAAAAAUUAUUGAAUUUUGUUGUUGUAGGUGGAGGUCCCACAGGUGUAGAAUUUGCUGCUGAAUUACAAGAUUAUGUUAGACAAGAUUUGAAAAAAUGGUUACCUGAUAUCAGUAAAGAAGUUAAAGUCACCUUAGUGGAAGCUUUACCUAACAUCUUAAAUAUGUUUGAUAAAUCUUUAAUUGAACAUACUGAGAAAUUUCUAAAGAAGGAAAAAAUCAACUUGAAAUUGAAAACAAUGGUUAAAUCUGUUGAUGAUGAUAAUAUUAAUGCUAUGGUUAAUGACAAAGUUGAAAAAAUCCCUUAUGGUGUUUUGAUUUGGGCUACUGGUAAUGCUCCAAGUGAUCUUUGUAAAGGAUUGAUGGAACAAGUUGAAGAACAAACUUCACCAAGAGGUUUAUUAAUAAAUAAUCAAUUACAAUUGUUAGGUUUUGAAGAUUCCAUUUUUGCUUUAGGAGAUUGUACUUUCCAUCCGGGUUUGUUUCCAACGGCACAAGUGGCUCAUCAAGAAGGUGAUUAUUUAGCUGAUAGAUUCAAAACAAUGUAUAAAAUUGAUCAACUUAAAUGGAAAAUAAAUCAUUUAGAUGAUGUUAAGAAUCAUUCCAAGAAAAUCCGUUUAUCUGAUAAAUUGACCAAAUUAGAAUCGAAAUUACAAGAUUUUGAAUAUCUUCAUAGAGGUACUUUAUCAUAUAUUGGUAAUGAAAAAGCCAUUGUGGAAUUAAAAAUUGGUAACUCCAACUAUAAAAUAUCAGGCCCAUUGGCAAUUUGGUUUUGGAAAAGUGCUUACUUAAAUAUGUGUUUCUCAGUGAGGAAUAGAGCAUCAGUUGCCUUUGAUUGGUUUAAAGUUUAUUUCUUUGGUCGUGAUUCCUCUGUUUGA